CCGGAUUCGCAGCCAUGGCGGCCGCGUCCGCGUCUCUGCUCGGCCUCUCCUCCGUCGCGAUGACGGACGAGGCGGAGCACGGCCUGCACUCGCCGCAGAUGCCGUGGCCGCACGAGGGGAUGUUCGACUCGUACGAUCACGCGUCCAUCCGCCGCGGGCAUCAGGUGUACCAGCAAGUCUGCGCGGCGUGCCACUCUCUGAAUCUCGUGGCGUAUCGCAACCUCGUCGGCGUGUGCUACACCGAGGCGGAGGUCAAGGCGCUCGCGGAAGAGAUCGAGGUCACGGACGGCCCGGACGACACCGGCGAGAUGUUCGACCGCCCCGGGAAGCUCUCAGAUAGCUUCCCGGCGCCGUACGCGAACGAGGAGGGCGCGCGCUACGCCAACAACGGCGCGUACCCGCCCGACCUUUCGCUCAUCACCAAGGCGCGGCACGACGGUCAAAACUACGUCUUCUCUCUUCUCCUCGGGUACCGCGAGGCCCCCGCGGGGAUCGAGAUCCGCGAGGGGCUGCAUUACAACCCGUACUUCCCGGGCGGCGCGAUCGCGAUGCCGAAGAUGCUCGUGGACGGCGGCGUGGAGUACGACGACGGCACGCCCGCGACGGAGACGCAGAUGGCGAAGGACGUGACCACGUUUUUGGCGUGGGCCGCGGAGCCGGAGGCGGACGACCGGAAGCUCAUGGGCGCGAAGGUGAUGUUCAUGUUCGCGUUGGUGCUCACGCAGGCGGUGUAUUACAAGCGGUGGAUGUGGUCGCCGCUGAAGACGCGGAAGCUCGUCGUGGACGCGGUGCACUGAGAAGAAAUUGAAGAAGAGAGCGGAUGAAUGCGUUUUGGUUUUUUUUUCCGUCUUCUCUCAUCUCCUCGGCGCCGAGGCGAGAGGGACGGACGGGAGGGUGGAUUUAUGAUAUCGCGCGACCGACCGACCAACCCUUCGGAGAUGGAUCGGCGCGCGCGCGGGCGGUGGACGGCGCGCGCUCGAGGACCGUCCGUCGUGCGUGGUACAGUACGAUGCGUUUUGUAAAUGAUGACACUGAGCGGUGUCGC